AUGUCGUUGAAAAGUAUAGUCCGGGAACUUAAGGGGAUGAAAAAUGGAAUAGGUAGCAUAUCAAGGCGGGGUGGUGAGAGCAAGCAUUGGCUCUCUCGGUCGAAGUCACAUGUUGCUCCGGAUGUAACUCCGACUGAACCUAUUCAACAGGGACAGUGGGCAAGUCUACCACCUGAAUUGCUUUUGGAUAUAAUCCGGAGGGUUGAAGAGAGUGAGACAUCUUGGCCUGCGCGUGCUGUUGUUGUCUUUUGUGGUUCGGUAUGUAAAUCUUGGAGGUCCGUUAUGAAAGAGAUCAUCAAGACUCCUCAGCAAUGUGGAAGGAUUACAUUUCCUAUUUCAUUGAAGCAGCCCGGUCCCCGUGAUUAUCCAAUACAGUGCUUUAUUAGGAGGAACAGAGAAACUUCUACAUUUGUGUUGUACUUAGGUUUGGUGCCAUCGGAGCAUGAGAGUAAUAAGUUAUUACUAGCCGCUAGAAAGAUAAGAAGGGCCAUAGGUACUGGCUUUAUCAUAUCCUUGGCUGCAGACGAUUUUUCUCGAGGCAGCAACAAAUAUGUUGGUAGACUGAGGUCUAAUUUUUGGGGCACCAAAUUCAAUGUAUACGACAGUCAACCCCCACAUGAUACUGCAGUUCAACCAAAGCAUCGUCCAAGUGGGAGAUUUAAUUCUAAGCAGGUGCCAGCAAGAGUUCCAGCAUGUAGCAAUCUUGUUAGCACUGUUUCCUAUGAGCUGAAUGCUCUCUGGACUAGAGGGCCAAGAAGAGUGCACUGCACCAUGAACUCUAUACCUAUCUCAGCUAUCGAGGAAGGUGGAAAUGCCCCAACUCCAACAGCGUUACCUCAAAUAUUUGGCGAACCUUUUUCUCCCUCACCAGCACUGAAAGAAAAAAGCCCAAUGUCAGAUUUGUACUCUGGCAGCCUAUCCGAGCUACCAGAACUGACUGAAGGCUCCAUCGAGCCCUUGGUACUCAAAAACAAAUCUCCCAGAUGGCAUGAGCAGCUCCAGUGUUGGUGCCUAAACUUUAUGGGGCGUGUUACAGUAGCAUCUGUAAAGAACUUUCAACUUGUAGCUGCUGUUGAUCCGUCUCAUAAUGUUUUGCCUGCUGAGCAAGAAAGGGUAAUCUUGCAGUUUGGAAAGAUUGGAAAAGAUAUAUUCACCAUGGACUACUCUUAUCCUCUCUCUGCCUUUCAAGCCUUUGCCAUCUGCUUGACAAGCUUUGAUACUAAACCAGCCUGUGAGUGA